AUGGUGAAGGAGCUGAGCCGCUACGAGGAUCCGGAUGACCCGGUCCGACCGCAAGCCCCACCAAGAGAUCGGAAGGCCCUUUGGGCGCCCCCAGGACCUCGGCCGAUUUCCGCGCCGGAGGUUCUCGUGGUGGGCCUGGGCAGGCGGCUCCGGGCUGAUGAGGAUGACGGUCCUCGGGCUCGGCUUGGGGCAGGUGCUGUGGAGGCCCUGCAACGGCGGUACCAGAUCCGGACUUUCUUCGAUGCCGACGUGCAGGGGUAUGUGGCCACCUGCCGUGCCAGCCUUGACAAGUCGGGCCGCGCGGGGGUGCAGAAGAUUCACUUGAUGCAGCCCCUCGUGGAGCACGACACCGAUGUGGCACAUGCCCUGGAAAAGAUGAUGGCCAAGCCGCGUUUGGAUAAGGAGCAAGCGACUGAGCACAUGCCAGCACCAAGCCACAUCGAUUUCAUGCAAGCUCCCAUCUUCGGUUCCUUCAUUGGUGACUCGAAGUUUCUGCCGGCAGCUAGCUUGGCAUUGGGGGACCUUAGCUGCCUUCGACCCCUGGUAGCUGUGGCUGCGACCACCUCAGCUUGGGCAGCCGCGCGCAGGGCACGAGCCCGCAGUCAAAGGAGUCUAUGCUGGGCAACUCUGGCAACAGACAAACAAGGCACAACUUUCCUGGUGGGCCCUGAGGCCGCGACACGGCUUCCUAGUAACGUAAGCCUGGGGAGGCUGCUGACCUGGGCUCGCAAGCAGGCGUUCAUGAAAGUUCAUCCAGUGCUGUCGGCCAGCAACGCAAAGCUCUCGGUUUCGGUCGCGGUGGAGGCCGGCACUCCACUCCUCGGAGUCUUGGAAGAGGGCUUCCUCACUUACGAAGACUCGGAGGAUUCCUGGCAGCAGCUCUACGAUGCUGCGAAGAAGCAGCAUCCGGAGUGGUGGGCGCUGCACCUGGCCAUCCCGCUCUUGCGGCAUGCCUCCGGCGAUGCGUCGGAUGAGGCCUCCUCGCCAGUUUGGCAGGCCUACCAGCAGAGCGCCUUGGACGCAAAUUCAAAGAGGGGUGUGCCGGAGCUGCCCGCGUCAGCGCUUCUCUGGAACGUGGAGCAGGCCAGCGAGCUGCAAGAUGUGGAAGUCAAGGCCGCGCUGAAGAGUCGACUCGAGGCACUGCAGAGCUUUCAUCGAGAUCAUGUCCUGCCAGCCCUGCGCGAUUCGGCGCCCUCGACGUUGGAAUUGGGAUGUGCGGUUGCUGUGGCGGCUUCCCGUGGUGUGGAGGUGCAACCAGGGCUGAAGGCGCUCGUCCCAGUGCUCGAUCUGAUCGGACCGGCGGAGGCAGCAGCCGCUGUGGGUGAGGAGACUCCAGAGCCAAACUGCCAUUUGACCGUGGAGCCAGCUGGAGGCCCGGGUGGCCGCGCCAUUGCUGUCGUCACAGCCGCAAGAGACUUGCGUGCUGGUGACUUCCUGAGUCGUGACGUGGAUGCUUGCGCGGACUCGCUGCUCCUGGACUGGGGCCUGGCUUCGAGUCGAAGGAGAGACGACGUCACAAUCCACGUAGGCAUCAAGAAGGACGUGGCCCAGUCUUGGCAAGUCUCUGCGCUGCGAGAGCUCUUGGAACUUCGACCUGGAGAGGAUGGCGGCUGGGUGGCUUCGGCAAAGGUGAGGAGGAGCUCUUCGCUUCGCGACGCCCUGGACCAAAACCUCUGGGUGGCAGCACGCAUCCUUGGCGGCGGAUCCAAGACCGAAGCGCUGGGUGCGGAGUGGGAUCUGCGAUCACGGGAAGAGAUUCUGCGCGCUGGUUUGGAUGGUGUGUCAGCAACCCACCGGCGGCGUGCCUUCUGGGUGCUGAAAAAGGCGGUUCAGGGCGCUCUGGACAACUUCGAAACCAGUCCCGAAGAUGAUGAGGAAGCCAUCCAUCUGGCAGGUGACGAGCGCCAGCGUGUGGCCGCAGCAUACAGGCUCGGCAAAAAGCGGAUAUUGCAGGAUGUCUUCGCACUAUUGGACAAAGCCGAUACGAAGAUCGUGCAGAGACGCGAGCGUGCCAAACAGGCAAACGCAAGUCCACCAAAGGCAAAGGAUUCGGCUGAGAUUCCCUCGGACCAUCGGCCCCAAAGCAAGGGACCAGCUAUGCGCGUCCAUAGAGCUCCGAGCUUUUUCGGCAGAGCAAAAUGCUUUGCUGAGCCGGAGAUUCAGAUGUGCAUGAAGUUUAACGACUGGUUGCAUCAUGCUGGAAAGUGGUCUGCAUGA